UUGGUUCGUCUGCGCUCGCCGUUUGCGCGCUGGAUUUGGAAAGUCGUCUGCUGGUGUUUCCAAAUGUGGCCAAAAUGUGACGACUUAUUUUAAUGAGUACUCGUGCGUGCUUAUGUCGAACUUGAAAACAUGACAGGACUUUCGUUAUUAAUUGUGAUUUCACUCAGUUCAGUGUUAUCGGCCAACUACCAGCCCGUAUUUAAUGACGCCGUGUCAGAGGUCAAGGCCAUCGCGGGGUCAACUGCCGUGCUGCCGUGUACGGUAAUGAACAAGGGCGAACACACGAUAAUAUGGAUGAACCCAAAGCGUAUACUGUUCAGUAAUGAGGACAAGAUCGUUAUCGACGACAAGCGGGUUGGCGUUAUCAACACUGCACAAGGCGACUGGAACCUGCGCCUUGAACACGUGCGCUACAACGACAGCGGAGAGUACUCGUGCCUUCUCAAUACAAAACCGGUCAAAAUCAAACGAGUCUAUCUAUUUGUUCAAGUACCGGCACACAUAUUGAAUCAGGAGUCAAGUCGAAAUAUGGAUGUUGAAGAAGGACGCAAUGUAACGCUACAGUGUAAAGCUACUGGUGUCCCCCAGCCUAACAUCACGUGGUUCCGGCGACCCUUCAUCGCACUGGAGAGCAAGGAAUAUCUGAGUCCAGAAGGCGAGAAGCUGCACAUCACGGACAUCCAGCGGUUCCAGGCCGGCGUCUACGUCUGCCUUGCCUACAACGGCGUCCCUCCCGCUGUCACGCGGGAGAUGGAGGUUCACGUGCAAUACACACCUGUAGUUAAACUAUUGAACACAAGGCUGGGACAAAGCCUAGGAAAGGAGACUAUUUUAGAAUGCAGUGUCACCUCAUAUCCUAGGGCCAGAAUUGCUUGGAUCAAGAACGGAAUGUCGAUAAAACACAGCUAUAAAUAUCGUCUGGAGCUGUAUCCGGGCAACCAUAAUACGUACAUUCUAACGCUGCAGAUAGUGACCAUUAAUGUCCACGAUUACGGAGAUUAUACGUGCGAAGCUGAGAAUAGGAUGGGAGCGGAGAGAGCGACAAUGACAUUAUAUGAGUACAAAGACCCAACUCCUAGUCCUCCGCCGACCACUACCACGGCUGCACCGCGCAGGAAGACAAGCCCAAUGUUUUUACCCGGCUACGACUACUAUGACCCGUAUAUGCCAGGGUACCAGAACAAACAUUAUGAAAUUCAGUCGGUGCUUGCAGACGGUGGUCAACAGUAUGACGGUAAAGGUUACGAUGGUGCUCCAUUUCCAGACAGACAAGGUUACAUGAGAGACGGAAGCCACAGAGGUGGUGCCGCCCCGAUGUCCGGUGGUAUGGGCUACAUGGUGGCUCUGAGUCUCCUUCUUUUUCACAAUUGUCUAAAUUAAUUCAGACGACUUGAAUUAUCACUUCAGUGAAGCGGAUAUUAAGUGACGAAGUUUGCACACGAACAAUAACUUGAAGUGCUUUUUUUGGCUACUUGUCAUGUGUAUACGUGCACUCAUGCCAGCCACAAACAUGUCGACCGAUACAAAACUUGGAACAGUUUACCUGUAAAUGGUUAAACUAAUUGUACAUUUUUACUUUUGUACAGAAUGUUUUGUUCUUAUUUCUUCCAUAAUUUAUGUAUUGGUGAGUCAUAAGUUUAAAAGUUAUGCAAAUCGAAAUCAAAAGAAUGCGAAUGCUUCCACUUUAUAGAUGUAUGUUUGCCCAAAGGGUGAUGUAAAUGUUAAAACAAAAUGUAAAUAUAAUGACUAUUUUCUUGUGGUGUUCUGUCCAAUAACCUCAUAACCGAUAAUUGUCAUGUAGGUUGGCAUAAAUCCUUUCUUGAGAAAUCUUGGGGUAUCAAUUUCCCCAAAUACAGAAUUAAAAUCCUCGCCUAUCAACAUAAAGCACAAAGCAUAAUUUACUAACAACAUUAACUCUCAACUCUAAAUAACCCCGUGAGUGCAUAUUUGUCUAUUUCCCUGGAUAGAAAUCCAAGAGAGAGGCCAAGGGACCAUGUCCCUAGUUUGGCUUGAACACACACCCUGAUUAUCUUAAAUAAUCUUAGUAAAGGUGAGGAAUCACAUGACCUACAGGGGUUCUCAAUUGUGUCACCACGGGUCACAAAUCCAAGAGAUCAUGUCCCUAGAUGGGCUUGAACACACACCCUGAUUAUCUUAAAUAAUCUUAGACAGGGGGAAGAAUCAAAUGACCUACAGAGGUUCUCAGUUGUGUCACCACGGGUCACAAAUCCAAGAGAUCAUGUCCCUAGAUGGGCUUGAACACACCCUGAUUAUCUUAAAUAAUCUUAGUCAGGGUGGAGAAUCAAAUGACCUUCAGGGGUUCUCAACUGUGUUACCACGGAUCACAACCGAUGUAAACAAACUUUCAAGUGACGAUAAUUUGUAAAUAACAGAAAAAAAUAUUAAUAUAUUUCUUUGCCUAUUAAAGAUAAACGACUAUGCUAUUUUCUGCUUCAUCACUUGUGAACUAUUUUGGAUUUGCUUGUAUUUAAAAGAUGCAAUUCUUGGCCAAAUUUUUAGCGUUGCAUCGUUGCAAAACUCCGUCAAGCUAACAUUUUGGCCAAGGAUUCCAUCAUUAAAGUCUAAAUUAGUUCGCACUUUGAAAUCUGAACUUAAAGGGACUAGACACCAGAUGGUCCAAAAAUCUGCAUAUACAGUAUUUCCUCGAGACAACCGUAGGAUUGUCAAUUUGUGCUAGUAAACCGAUAAUACACCAUUUUACACAAUUAAAAAUAAUGGAAUAAACGCAACAAAUCAUGUUGCUGUUUCUCUGAGUUUUCCCCCAAAAAUAGCGCAUAAUGGUUUUCCAGUUUAAAUUGUAUCUGUUUAUGAGUACAGAUAAUAUACUUACUGAUGUAUCACAUCGCUUACGACACAUGCAUCGUAUACCGACGCUAGUUUUAAACUUCUUGGUAUUUAUGUGGGAGACAACCAAAGUAAAUUUCGAAUUGGAAAUAUGCCCCAAAGCUGCGAAAGAUGCAUGUGUCGUAAGCGAUGUGAAACAUCAGUAAGUAAAAUUGAAUGUGUUGUACACAACGAUGUCAAGUUUUUGACAAUUUUCUUUUUUCUUUCUUACAAUUGUAUCAUCUGGUGUCAAGUUCCUUUAAUACGAAUAGCUGGGCAUUUAGUCCUUAUGCCCUACAUUGAGCAUUUUGGAAAUUUUAACAACAAUUGUUACAACUACUUAUAGUUCUUUUUAUACAAAAACACGUGUAACACACAGCAAAUUUUGGGGGAGAAUAUUUAUUAUGAAGAAUAUCUAUAUUCUUGCAUACCGGACGUGUGUUUACGGUCAUGUGACCGGUGCUGGAAAAACUCAUCUUAUUAUUAUUAUUUAUUGUAUGGUUUAUGAAAAGUUUAUUAUGCAUUUUCUAUAAAGCGGAAUCAAAAAUAUAAGUAUACAAUUAAAAUUAAUUAAAAUUGAAAAUAAAUAAUCGUAAAAGCGCGAUUUUUAAAGGAACUAGUUGACGUCGAUAGUGAUUUAAAAUUACUGCGCUCUAUGACGUCAGUACACAACGUCGCACGCGCUUUUUGGUGAAAUGUACAAAAGUGCGUUUUCUACGUCAAUUUUUCUACAAAUUCAUAAUUUUAGGUAUGCAAGAAAAAAUAUCGAUCAUGUUUUUCCGGGUCCGGAUGGAAAAAUCCGACCCUCGGGCACGCUGCGUAACUGGUAACUCGGCAAGCCUCAUUACCGGCUUACGCGCAUGCUCUCGGGUCGGAUUUUUUUAUCCGUACCGGAACCACAUGAAAGAUACUUAUAAUCCUUUCAUAUUUCGUUAGAUGUGCUUACACUCAAUUGUAAUAAACGUUGUAUGAAUGAGGUUGCAUUGUGAUGUUUGUAAAUGUUUUAUACAUGCAGCUAUAAUAUUUGUAUUUGUAAUAUGUAAAGAAUUAUUGAUUCAUAUUCAAGAUUAUUAUUUAUAUGAGUCGGUUAAAGUACAAAUCGCUUAACUGAUGGCUGUUAAAAUAUUUCUUACAGAUGCUUAGGGUUAUGAAUCACAGCUAGAUAAUACAGUUUGUAUAUCUGUAAUAUUAGAUAUAAUAUGUAUUAAAAUAAAUACCCUAAUAAAUAGU